AUGCUAAAAGAAGUUAAUCGAAGAGACAAACACAUCGGAGCAAGCGACCAGAAGAAAGAAAAGAAGUUAUCGACGACAAGAAUAACAAUCUCGUCAUUCGGGAGUACCAGCUGCUGUUCAGUCGACAUCACAAUCAUUUGGGAAAACACACCAUCGACGCUUCGCCGCUCAUCAUCUGGAUACAAGCCAAGCUGUCUUCGUUCAUCUACUGGCGAAUGCUCACAAUCCGUGAAAGCUCUCCGUAAGAGUUCAACGAUUGUUUGUAGCUUUGCUCCAGAUGAUCUGAACACCAGCUACAGUGAUUCGAAGAAAACUGCCAUCAAGUCAUCAAGGAAGUCGGCACCUGAUGACCAGACAGCUGAACAAGAAGACAACAAAGAAGUCGUCCGCCCAACAACUCCAGAAGUCAAGAGGGACAACUUCGUACUUCAGAAGCAGCCACAGCAGAAUACAAGAGGCAUCAAGACCAACGUCCUCAAGAAGCAACAGGCUCAGAAGUUUAAAAGAAGUAGGACAACAAUGUACCAGCUGCAGAAGACAUCUUACAACGAAAUGUUGAAGUCACAGCGGAAAGACCAGUCUACCAUCCACAGUAACGUAUCAAGAUUUCGCCUCAACAACGUCAUCUGCAACUGUCAACAACUUCUGAAAACAGCGGGACGAUACUUCUACUAG